GGAAUUUAAUUUUUAAGAUUAUAAUUAUUUAAUUAUUCCCUUAGGCUCGUUGUUUUUAUUUUCAAGCUAAAAGAAUAGUUCGUAAUUAAAUGCUCAAAGCCCAACAAAAAAACAUCGAUAAGAAUAAUUAAAGUGACCAUACAGACUAUCGUCUAAGUAGCAGUGUGACCGCAGCCCGGCCGGGAUAAAAUACCAAUUGUAUUGCAAAUUUGUAUAAUUUUUGCCGACAGUUCAGAUUUUUACGAAUUUUUAAUAAUAAUAAAAGAAAUAUGUCCCGGAAAGAGGCCCUGUCGCAGUUCAUCAACCAGAUCCAUGGUCGCCCCGUGGCCGUGAAGCUGAACAACGGCGUGGACUACCGAGGGGUCUUGGCCUGCUUGGACGGCUACAUGAACAUCUGCCUGGAGCAAACGGAGGAGUACGUCAAUGGGCAGCUGAAGAACAAGUAUGGAGACGCCUUCAUCCGCGGCAACAAUGUCCUCUACAUUUCCACGCAGAAGCGGAGGGUCUGAAAAUCGUAGCACCUAAGUUUAUUCCGUAAAUACAACAUGAU